AGUGGAAAACCGGCUUAAAUCCGCAUGUUUGAUGUUUGAAGCCUCUAGAUCAGAAUUUCACAUUUACGUCUUUAAAAUUUCAACAUCCCAUGAUGCAAUUGUAGUAGUACGGCGUAAAGUAAUACACCUCAUCUGGCCCAGACGGAGCAAAGUUCAUGUAAAAAUGGAGGAAGAAAUAUUUGAUGUAGUCAUUGUUGGCGCCGGUAUUAGUGGUUUAUCAGCUGCAUAUCUUUUACAUCAACAACAUGAUGAGUUGAAAACUGUAGUUCUUGAGGCAAGAGAUAGAGUGGGAGGAAGAACGCACACUCUUGAAAAUAAUGAAGUGAAAUAUGUCGAUCUCGGCGGAUCGUAUGUAGGCCCGACGCAGAACCGUAUUCUACGUAUGGCUAAACACUUCGGUAUCGAAACAUACAAAGUCUACGCAGAGGGAAAAGAUACGGAACACUUCGGUGGUAAAAUGUCGUCUUUCGAUGGAGAUUAUUCGACGUGGAAUAUAUUUGCAAUAUUAGAUUUCUAUGCUCAGAUUCGUAAGUUAGAUAGCAUGUGCGAUCAAGUGCCUUUAAUUUCACCCUGGCAAGCAGAGUGGGCGAAAGAAUGGGAUACAAUAACAGCUAAGGAGUACUUUGAUAAAUCUUGCUGGACAGACUAUGCGAAAAAAAGGAUGUAUCAGGCUUUCAAUGCCUCGAUGUCAGCCGAACCUUAUGAUAUGUCUUUGCUGUAUUUCUUAUGGUACUUGAAAAGUUCAGGCGGCUUCCGCCGUAAUGUUGAUGUCGAAAAUGCCGCUCAGGAAAGAAAGUUUAAGGGGGGGUCCCAACGAAUUAGUGAAGAAAUCGCAAAAAUUUUAGGCGACAAGGUAAUCCUUUCAACACCUGUGUGCAGUAUCGAGCAGAAGUUUGAUCAAACAAUUGUGAGGUGCUUAAAUGGCAAAUAUUAUAAAACAAGAUAUGUCAUUAGUGCCAUACCACACGCGCUGUUAGGGAGUAUUUCAUUUUCACCACCACUAUCAGCUUUGAAGAACCAGUUGAUUCAGAAGAUGCCGAUGGGCUCAGUUAUCAAGACUAUUACAUACUACGAAGAUGCGUGGUGGCGAGACCAGGGUCUCUCUGGUAUAUUGUUUGCAAAUUCUGACUCUGGUCCGGUUUGUGCUACCCAGGACGACACUAAGCCUGAUGGAUCUUAUCCUGCAAUAAUGGGAUUUAUUGUAGGUGAACAAGCUCGGUUCUGGUGCAAGAAAAGUGGCGAAGAACGAAAACAAGCUGUGUGUGAACAAUAUGCCAAAGCCUUCAACACUAACAAAGCCAAAACACCUCGCUACUAUAUUGAUAAAAACUGGCCAGCUGAGAAGUAUUCUGGUGGCUGCUAUGUCAGUGUUCUACCCUGUGGAGUCUUGACAGGUUAUGGUGAGGCAUGGAGAAGUGCUGAAGGCAAUUGCUAUUUUGCAGGAACAGAGACAGCAGCAGCAUGGGCAGGGUACAUGGAUGGUGCGGUGGAAUCAGGUGAACGUGCUGCUCGUGAAGUACUUUAUGCGAUGAAGAAAAUAUCAAAAGAUGAAAUCUACCAAGAAGAACCUGCCUCAGAAGAUGUUCCUCCAGUUCCCUGUUCUCUCACACCUCUACAGUUAUGUUUACCUUCAGUACCGACAUUUAUGACAAUGUUGACUGUUUUGAGUCUAGCGUCUAUGUUUGGGAUUGCGUACUGGAAGCGUUCGUAAAUGUAGUAAAAGGAUUUUAUAUAAGAAGAGGAUAACACUAUUUAGCAUUUUUUUACGAGGGACUGACCUCAGACUUCCUCGAGGACAAUUGAAGGUUAGGUUAAACGAAGGAGAGGAGGCAACGCUUUCGAGUCACUUCGCCUCUGAAGCGUCGCGAUCGCGUUUUUUAUAGUCUUACUUACCUCUCUAUAUUUUAUUAUUUAUUGACUUCAAUUAAGGACUGCGAAGCAGGGCAUAAUUGGUGUAGUGUUGAAUUGGCCAAAAAAAUCAACAAAAUCAACAAAAAAUCAAUGAAAUUGAAAUUAAAUCAAUGGCCGACCUUUAGUUUAAUUUUUCUGCAAUAUUACAGUAGCUACAGUAUAUUAUAAGCUCUACAGCAGGGCGCUUAUAUCCUGCUCUACAGUAUACGCACCUCGUCAUGUAUCAUCCCAUACACGACUCGACUAGAAUUUGAACGUGGUAUGGGCGACUCCCAUGUGACUUUAGUGAUUUUAUUCGGCGAAUCCUAGGAUUGACUGUAACGCUUACAUGCAAGAACGGAGUGGUUGAAUAGUGAGAGGGUUCAGACCAGUGGCUCAGACCCGUGAUGCGUUCAGAAAUACAAGAAUUACAUUUAAAACAGAGAUGUGUACUUGCUAUACUCUUAAGACGUUUGAUUCAAUCUUUUUAGUAGUACUAAUGAAAUCAAAUAAUCAAAAAAUUAAUUUCACAAUACUGUAAUAUAAUAGCUAUCGGCGAGAUAGCUUGUAGUUUUGUAGAUCAGCUUUU